UGAAAGAGCAGGAAUUGAUGACCUUGCGCCUCUCCAGAUCGAGUAGAGGAGGUCUCCCGCCUUGAAAGCAACCUUAUACGCGAAGAGCUUGACCCAUCCUUUGGGCGUAUACAUAGCCUAAAAACGCACCCGCCCUCAAAAUCGUCAUUGCUGGACGACCCUCGCGCACCGAGCGUGGACUAUGUUGGCUCGAACACCGCUACGCGACCCGGCGUUAUACCACAGAAGUAAAGGAGCCGAUGACCUUUCAAGUAAUCCAGGGUCAUCCUACCAGGGAGUAAACAAUGUCGAUAGUCGACGAGGAGGAUCAGCCGCUCCGAUGAGACCCGGAUACUCGCGACGGAGUCCCAUUACCCCAAAAACUCUUUCAGUUGAGCCCAAUGAGCAAGUGAACGAGAGAUGGAACGCACCCUCAAAGUCCAUUGUCAUUCACCGCAUGCCAGCUCAUACUCGGGAUGUAGCACACAAGGAGCAGCUAAUCAGAGGAAGAGUCGAUGAGGUGAAGAUGCAUGGCAUUGUACUCGAUCAGUCAAAACCAGGCCUGAAAAGUGACCAUGCGUCCUCUGUAACACAUCAAAUAUCUGGGAGGUGGAAGAAAUCAAUGGAAAGAAUAUACAUUGAAAAGUACAUGGAUUGUCAAAGAUAAUCACCGGCCAACAAGAUCCAUUGGCUUACUCAUUUUGUCCCACCACCCAUGACAACCUACUACU